AUGGACACCCUGCCAGACCGAUCCCAGCAUCACCAUCCACACCCAGACCCCAGCAUCACCAUCAACACCCCUACACCCAGAUCCCAGCAUCACCAUCCACACCCCUACACCCAGAUCCCAGCAUCACCAUCCACACCCCUACACCCAGACCCCAGCAUCACCAUCCACACCCAGACCCCAGCAUCACCAUCAACACCCCUACACCCAGACCCCAGCAUCACCAUCAACACCCCUACACCCAGACCCCAGCAUCACCAUCAACACCCCUACACCCAGACCCCAGCAUCACCAUCAACACCCCUACACCCAGACCCCAGCAUCACCAUCCACACCCCUACACCCAGACCCCAGCAUCACCAUCCACACCCCUACACCCAGACCCCAGCAUCACCAUUCACACCCCUACACCCAGACCCCAGCAUCACCAUCCACACCCAGACCCCAGCAUCACCAUCCACACCCCUACACCCAGACCCCAGCAUCACCAUCAACACCCCUACACCCAGACCCCAGCAUCACCAUCCACACCCCUACACCCAGACCCCAGCAUCACCAUUCACACCCCUACACCCAGACCCCAGCAUCACCAUCAACACCCCUACACCCAGAUCCCAGCAUCACCAUCCACACUCCUACACCCAGACCCCAGCAUCACCAUUCACACCCCUACACCCAGACCCCAGCAUCACCAUCCACACCCCUACACCCAGACCCCAGCAUCACCAUCCACACCCCUACACCCAGUCCCCAGCAUCACCAUCCACACCCCUACACCCAGAUCCCAGCAUCACCAUCCACACUCCUACACCCAGACCCCAGCAUCACCAUUCACACCCCUACACCCAGACCCCAGCAUCACCAUCCACACCCCUACACCCAGACCCCAGCAUCACCAUCCACACCCCGGCCAGCUAA